CUUAAUUUUCUUCCCACAUUGCAACCCAAUCCUCCCGUGAUCACAACCGACCCACCUUUGCUUUCGAUAUGUAGCGUGACUCAUAAAGAGCUAGUCGAUGUCAAUUGUCCUGUCACCUUCUGCCUUUCUCUAAGGUGUAGUUGCUGGUGCGACACUCCUUUCAUGUUGCCAUGGCCCUUCCCACUACUUGUGAUGCACGGAAACAAGCCCGAUGCAUGCAUGCAAAGUAAGGUGGGUUGUCGCCUUUUCAGUUUGUAGGAUAGCUAAUCGCUCAUGCCGAGCGGUAGGGUACGAUGCCAGCUUCUUUAGUUUGUAAGAUAGCUAAUCGCUCAUGCCAAGCGGUGCGGUAGGCUGCCGACUGGAGCUGGUGAAAUCUAAGCCUAAACUUGUUGAAAAUGCGUCGAUGAAGAAAGAGUACACCUCUGAGUUGCCACACCUUUCCGGGUGUACCCACACACCCCAUUAACAGUGGAUUCGAAGCAACAAAAUCCAAAAAUUCUGAAAGGGUGGCACAUCUCACUGUGGGCCUGGAAAGGAAUGCACGUGUCGGACGGGAACGAGACUAACCAAUGAAAGGAAAUUAAUUAAGGCAAUCAGCUGAUCAUACAUUUAUAUCUGUGAGCUCGAAGCGCGCGCGGCGCCUUUCGAUCGAUCCAUCGCCACACCUCACUGCUAUUGCUCGGCGUCUUCUCGCCACCAGAAUCACUGCAUUACAAGAAAUGCGGGCGCCGUUCUGCCUCCUCCUCGUCGUCGGUGUGCUCCUGCUGCUCCGGUGGCCGGCGUCGAGCCUCGCUUCGGUGCAGGUGGCCCGGACCAUCACCGUGGACCAGCGCGGAGGAGGGGACUACACGACGGUGCAGUCGGCGCUGGACGCCGUGCCGGACGGCAACAGCCAGUGGGUCAAGAUCUACGUCAAGCAAGGGAGCUACAGAGAGAAGGUGAUAAUCCCAAGUGAGAAGGGCUUCAUCUUGCUCGAAGGUGACGGCUCCUCGUCAACGGACAUCAACUUCGACUCACAUGUUGACGGCGCCGACGCGCCCGGCAUCGCCCCUAUCACGGGCCGCCUGCGUGGCAACCUCGCGGAAAUCUCGCAGACGUACAACAGCUCCACCUUCACAGUCCAUUCCGACAACUUCGUCGCCCGCAACAUCACCUUCAAGAACACGUACACCGGCAACAAUCCGGCGGUUGCGUUCCUCAUGGACGGCGACAAGGGCGCGUUCUACGACUGCGCCUUCCACGGGUACCAGGACACGCUCUCCGACCUCGCUGGCCGGCACUACUUCCGCCGCUGCCUCGUCGAGGGCGCUGUGGACUUCAUCUUCGGCUACGGGAGGUCCAUCUACCAGGACUGCACCCUCGUGUCCAAUAUGGCGGCGUCGUCCCAGCAGCCCGGGUGGGUGACGGCGCACGGCCGGGCCGCCGACAAGAGCGCCGCGUUCGUGUUCAAGGGCGGUUCCAUCACCGGCUCCGGGCGGCAGUACCUCGGCCGCGCGUGGAACGAGCAGGCCACCGUCGUGUUCUACCAGGUGAACAUGGCCAGCAUCGUCGUCCCGCAGGGGUGGGCUAAGUGGACCUCCACCCAACAUGUGUCACAAGUGACGUUUGCGGAGGUCGGAUGCAGUGGCCCGGGUUCCGCCACCGGAGGAAGAGUGCCAUGGGAGAAGCACAUGGACAAUGCGGAGGUGCAGAGAUUCGUGGACAUCGGGUUCAUCGACGACGGUUGGCUAUCUAAUCAACCCUAGUUGUGGCUCGCCAAAAAAACCCCUUAGUUGUGGCGGGAUAGCUAGCAGCGAAAUACAUUCAGAUGUAUAUUCAAGGUUCAUGAUCUAAUGUAGUGGGGAAGAAGGGCUUAGGAUUGACCAACAAGGCAAAGAAAUUGGGAAUUUCGUAGGAAUUUUAGAUAAUUUCAAUCCUUAUUAAGAAGUUCAUAUGUAUGGGCCUCUUUGAUUUACACGAAGUAUUUUGGAGAAUCUUACUCCUAACCAAUUA